CUGCCUCCGAAAGCAGCUGAAGACCAGGGGAAGACGAUUCUUUGCGGUCAACACUUUUUUUUUGUUGUUUUUGAGUUCUGUUUUAAAAUCAUACUGUUGCAUUGCUUUUCCUUGUCAUGUUAAUCAGUAUUUCUGUGCUUCAGAUCUCUAGCACCGUAGUUCUUUGCUGCAUUCAGGAAUAGGUCACAAUUGAUUUGUCAUUCCCCAGUUCAUUUAUUUUUUAUUCAGGGAAUGGACUUAAAUUAGAAGACUGGCUGUUGUUCUAGAUUAUGACCUCAACCAAGAGCAAUCGCUACAACCGUUUCUCUGGAGGUGCCACGAACAUACCAGUGAUAGACAAUACCAGCAUUACAAGGAUGGAAACUACUUUUGGUCCAGCGUAUUCUACCGUUACGACCAUCACUAAAGCUGAUGGGACAAAUACCUUCAAGCAGCACAGGAGGACCCCUUCAUCCUCCAGUACCCUGACCUAUUCACCGAGGGAUGAGGAUGAUGUAAUGCCUCCAAUCAGUACUCCACGUCGGUCAGACUCAGCGAUAUCUGUUAGGUCCCUGCAUUCAGAAUCAAGUAUGUCCCUACGAUCUACAUUUUCUCUGCACGAAGAGGAAGAUGAGCAGGAACCAUUGGUUUUUGCUGAACAGCCUUCAGUGAAGUUAUGCUGUCAACUUUGUUGCAGUGUAUUCAAGGAUCCUGUCAUCACAACAUGUGGACACACAUUUUGUAGAAGGUGCGCCUUAACAUCUGAGAAGUGCCCUGUUGACAAUGCAAAGCUGACAGUUGUAGUUAACAACAUAGCUGUAGCUGAGCAGAUUGGAGAGUUGUUUGUCCAUUGUAAAUAUGGCUGCCGGCCAGGCUCAAAUGGAAAACCAGGGGCCUUUGAGGUUGACCCACAUGGAUGUCCAUUCACUGUUAAAUUGAGUGGUAGAAAAGACCAUGAGGGCAGCUGUGAUUACCGACCAGUUCGUUGUCCUAACAACCCAAACUGUCCACCACUCUUGAAAAUGAAUCUUGAUGCUCAUCUUAAAGAAUGUGAACACAUCAAAUGUCCUCACUCAAAGUAUGGAUGCACGUUUGUCGGAAAUCAGGACACCUAUGAAGCCCACCUAGAGGUAUGCAAGUUUGAGGGUCUGAAAGAGUUCCUGCAGCAAACUGAUGACCGCUUUCAUGAGAUGCAAGUAGGCUUGGCUCAAAAAGACCAAGAGAUUGCCUUCCUUCGAUCAAUGCUUGGGAAACUCUCUGAGAAACUUGACCAGUUGGAGAAGUCUCUGGAGCUAAAGUUUGAUGUUUUGGAUGAGAAUCAAAGUAAACUCAGCGAGGAUCUAAUGGAGUUCCGCAGAGAUGCAUCAAUGCUAAGUGAUGAACUUUCACACAUCAAUGCCAGGUUAAACAUGGGAAUCCUGGGCUCUUACGAUCCUCAGCAGAUAUUUAAGUGUAAGGGUACCUUUGUGGGCCACCAGGGUCCAGUUUGGUGUUUGUGUGUCCACUCUACUGGCGAUCUGCUCUUCAGUGGUUCUUCAGACAAAACUAUCAAGGUAUGGGAUACCUGUACUACAUACAAAUGUCAGAAGACUCUGGAAGGACAUGAUGGCAUAGUUUUGGCUCUGUGCAUUCAAGGGAACAAGUUAUACAGUGGCUCUGCAGAUUGCACAAUAAUUGUCUGGGAUAUUCCAGCUUUGCAAAAGGUCAACACCAUCAGAGCACACGACAAUCCAGUUUGCACAUUGGUAUCGUCUCACAAUAUGCUUUUCAGUGGCUCGCUCAAAGCUAUUAAGGUUUGGGACAUUGUGGGAACAGAUCUAAAUCUGAAGAAAGAACUCACCGGUUUGAAUCAUUGGGUGCGUGCGUUGGUGGCCUCUCAAAACCACCUUUACAGUGGAUCCUACCAGACAAUCAAGAUCUGGGACAUAAGGACUCUAGAGUGUGUGCAUGUACUGCAGACUUCUGGUGGUAGUGUUUACUCCAUUGCAGUUACUAAUCACCACAUUGUGUGUGGAACCUACGAAAAUCUUAUCCAUGUAUGGGAUAUAGAAUCAAAAGAACAGGUUCGAACACUGACUGGCCAUGUAGGCACAGUAUAUGCAUUGGCUGUGAUUUCAACACCAGACCAGACCAAAGUCUUCAGUGCAUCUUAUGACCGAUCACUUAGGGUUUGGAGUAUGGAUAACAUGAUCUGUACACAGACAUUGCUUCGUCACCAAGGCAGUGUAACUGCUCUUGCUGUGUCCAGAGGGCGUCUCUUCUCGGGUGCUGUGGACAGUACAGUUAAAGUCUGGACCUGUUAGGACACGAGGUUGUAUUAAAAGUCUGGAACAUUCUCUGUGGUUCACCUUUUGUAGAUUUAUUUUGGAAUGGAAGUGAUGCUGCUGCAACUUGGUGCCACAGUGCAAUCUGUUCUAAGAUUGCUAUCCGAUUUCGAGACUGACCAAUACGGCAUGCUUUCUACACCAGUGAAAACCAUUGCACUAAAUUUACAAAGGGGAAAAUCACGCUCUGAUGUUGUCAGAUUAUAGAAUUAACAGUGUUCUUACGGAAUUGAUUGGAGGCGGUAGCAUAAAGCAUUUUACACGUUGAAAAUUUUGCGUGUGUGUUUGUGAAAAUUGCUGAAAAAUAUUCUGCAGUUCAUUUCAGAGCUUCAGUUACAAAUUGUCGACUGCAGCACUAGAAGUGACUGUACCUUCCAGUAGACUGGCAGUCUCUGCAUAUUAUUUUAUGCUGAAUUUAGAGAGAGAGAGAGAGAGAGAGAGAGAGACGCACACGGAUAAUUUCCUGGGCCACAGACAAGUAAAAGAUUCAACUAAUGUAUUUGCUAACCUUAAUUUGAUCUGUGUUUACUCCUACAAGAAUAAAUUGUACUAUUAUAAGGUAGGCAGAUUAUUGAAGCUGUGAUCCUCUUACCUUCUGAAUGCUGCCUUAAAAGAAUUGUAGUGAAACAAUUGUAAUGAGGUACGAUUUUUCCAUCACUACUUCCUCAAAGGCAAAUUCUGUAUUCCAAAGUUCUACUUUUGCCAAUGUACUUGUGGCUGAGGCAUAAGAACAAUUUCAUAUUGAAAGUAAUAUAUACUGCUGCUAAAUUUUGACUUGUUUAAUAGUGAUUUAUAAAAAAAAUCACUGUUUCAGUGCUGUAAUAAUGAAUUAAUAAGGCUUUAAAACUAGACUGUUCCAGAACAAGCUUACUGCAAUCAGUGUUGUACAAUUAUUGAUCUUUGACAUACAGUAUAUGAAUUUUAAUACUGUAAAAUGAUUAAGUAGACAUGACUAAAAGUAUGGGACCUUUUGAAGAAACUUUUAAGCUCCUAUUAUAUAGUUUUCAAAAUUGCAAGUCUACAAAUUCUUCCGACUCCCCUCAUUUGACUCCCAAGACCACCCUCUUAGGGCUUCCCUGAAGAUUCACCGAGUUACUGGACAAUGCGGUGUGGUACUGAGCUGCAUUGUGAGAAUUUCUCUGUGUCAGUCCUUUCUGGUUAGCUGGGCAAGCAGUGAGGGUGCUAUGUUUGACUUCUUUUAGCUGAAUAAGGCUGAGCUCAAAAUUAUCCAGGGUUCCCACUCUUGACUGUCAUUCAAAUAUAGAUUUCAGGUCAUAGAAUCCCAAGUAUGUGGACACAAGCAAUUAGGCCUAUUGCGUCCAUGCCGACACUCUGAAGAGCAUCCCAUCCUGCAUUUCCCAUGGCUAAGCCACCCUGGGCUGAACAUCCCUGGACACCAUGGGCAAUCUAGCAUGGCCAAUCCACUGAACAUGUACAUCGUUGGACUAUGGGAGGAAACUGGAGCACCUGGAAGAAACCCGUGCAGAAACGGGAACAAUAUGCAAACUCCACAGAGAUAGUUGCCCAAGGGUGGAAUUGUACCGUUGUCCCCUGGCAGUGUAAGACAGCAGCGCUGACCACUGUGCCACCCAUAUAUUGCCAGCUGUUAACUGUUUGAGUUGCCUACUUGCGAGGCCACCAAGAAGAGUCAAUUGCAGGAAAUGGACUGUACCUCCCACAGUCACAUGCUACUGAGGUUAGCAAGAUUGGGUGAGAAUAUACUAUACAGUGACCAUAAGGUAGUGACUCACAGCACUGAGAAGUGCUCUGGAAAUGACAUUCAAUGUGAAUAAUGUAUUUAUGUACAAAGAUUUUUCUUGUUACAACUCAAGAAAAUUUUUUGUUUACCUGUUUGAGUGCACAUGAAUCCACAUUUAAUAAGGAUAUUGUAAUUCACAUGGAUCUAAUGGAGUGAAGCAACACCCGUAUAAAUCUUCAUCUUACAUAGGUGGUCCCAGACCUAAAAAUUUAUCAAACAAUUCUACUUGCUUAGCUACUCUAUGAUAUAGUGUAAGUCUAAUCAGUUGACCUUUGGCAAGAUAGGCUUCAAUUAGAAUGAUGUUGAUGUGUAUGAUUUGCCUGAGUAAACAUUCAUGAGCUAAGAAGUUAGUAUGAAUUUGAAUAGAUCAUGUAUUUCAGUGAGUUUCUUAUAAAAGUAUAGGCAUCAUAUGCUUUGAAUUCUGAAUGGAAAUCAAUAUUCAAUAACAAAAUGUGACAGGAUGUGGAAUGUGUUAACCGUGAAUAUGAGAAAUACAGGUAUACAUUUGCCGUUUACAAUGCAAGCAUAUAUUUCAUCAGUGAAAUAUAGUAUCUGCAGUGAGAAUAUUUGGUUUAAAAUUAGCCUGUUUUAAAAAUUUGUUUUUACUAAUGUAACAAGUGCCUAAUUUUUAGAAUCCAUUUGUACGUGCAUUUAGCCCUUGAAGGAUCACUCCUGGCAUUGGUUGUGCUGAUGAUGCUGUACCUAUAUAGCUUUUUUUGUUUAUUCAUUUGAGGUAGUGGCAUUGCUGUCAAGGCCACUCUUUAUUGUCCAUCCUUAAUUUCCCUCGAGAAAGUAAUGAGCUGCCAUCUUGUACUGCUAUAGCCCAGGUGGUGAAGUCACCUAACAGUGUAGCACAGCCUUGAACUUUGAACCAGUAGAAGAUAAAGAAUUAAUGCAUUUCUGCACAUUUUUUUUUAACCACAUUUCCAUAAAGCUCUCUAGGUUGAGAAAAAAGCAAGGCUCCAGCAGUUGAAAGCGAGAGGUAACUGACAUCUGCAACGAAGUAACUUACAAGGCACAGUGCCAUGAACAAGUUCAAAUACUUGUCUGAUCUCGUUCCUGUUGAGGGAGAAGGCAUAAUCGACAUGGGUUAUCAAUCAGAGGAUCAGCAUUGCAUGCAUAUGAACAUAUGUGCUUAGCAUGGAUUUAUUUUGCAUUGAAAUAGAGAAUGUCUUUUUAAAUGCCUAAUUUUCUAAAACAUAAAUGUCCUGAAGAAUGAACAGUUGGAAAUAAAACAGAAGAGGAGAAUGCUACCUUUUUGCAUGCUUUGUGAUGUCUCGGUUUCAACAAAACACUGUUCAGAAAUGCCUUAUUUGUUUUGUUCAGGAGUCCAGAAAUUGAAAGCCAGACUAUUGUAUUUUAGAAAUGCAGUUGGAUCUGUUGGUUGAAGACACCUUUUUAGAGAGAUUAUUCAACGGUAAAGUAUUUUGCUGCAAUCUUGCCAAGUGCAUACUUGAUUGAGACAUAGUUAUAACUCAUCACCCCCAAUCACUCAUUUAUAUCGACGUCCUUAUGAUAGCAGAGCCCUAGUUUAAAUAGAACACUGUGUGGCUGAUCAGUAGUGCAUUUAUCGAGAUUUCAUAAGGCCUAAAGUAGAGGUGUAACCAUGAAGCAUAGCAACUGUGAACCACUGCAAUUGGAUAGCAUAUGUUCAUCCUUUUAGCUGCUGCUUUAAACAUCUGGUACCUACAAACUUAAAGACACAACCAAAGUUCUCUUCAGUUAUUUUGCACCUGUAUGUAUUGUAAAGGUUAUGACACUCGACUAAUGGAACUGAUGUAUCACAUGACUGUAAAUUUUUAUCAUUUUGUUAAUAUUUACAACAAUAAAUCUUCCUCCUGAA